AUGCCUCGCAACCCUCCCUGGACCGAUGAGGAUUUGGACAAUUUACCUUCGUGGUUCGAGCCGCGGCGUCAUCAGUCCCUAGAAGAGAUUGAGCGUGAAUUCCUGCGCGACUUUCAUCACUACCGGAGCCUCUCUGCCAUCCAGACCAAGUUCUAUGAUCAGAAAAAAAAGACUAAGAAAGACGUCGGACGCCUUCGCAACGAAGGAAAGACUGUUCGUGGAAAACAAAUAGUCCCGCCGCCUACUGUGCCCCCGCUCAUUCCUCGUACGACAGUAAAUCCUGAGACUUUUGAAUCAUCAUUGAUUACAAAUUCUCCUGCUUGUCCCGAAGAACCUCCUUGCUCGCCCCUCCCGCGAAGUUCUCAAGAGGGACGCAUGUUGAGCAAAGAGAUUGUUACAACUGAGCAGUCACCACCAGGACAUCUUCAUGUAGGACGCUCUGAGUCACGGGCUACACGGGAUAUGGCGGAAUGGGACUUAUUAGGUCAGUCUGCGAGCUUGAAUGAUUCUCAACCAAAGUCACUCGAGGAUAGUCAAACUUGUAUCAAUAUUCCGUUAUCUGCCACCGACAUGGUCCCUGAAAUCGAGAGAUUCUCCGAAACGGAAAUCCAAACAAGUGGGCACAAUUCUAUUGAUCAUCAAGGUGCAGACGAGAACCGCAAAGAGGAUCAGCAUGUGUGUGGACCAGAGUCCGUUUCCUCGCAAAUGGAAGGCAGGCCGCCGUCCAGUUUAGAGAGUGAAAUACUGUUCCAUACUGGCAGGGAGGCUGUGGUUUCGCAGAACCAUACGGUCGUCACAGCCAGCCCCGUGAUGAGCAAUUACGGCAUAGGAUCCUAUACUGAGAUGGAAUUCAUUUCCCCGCCUUUUACAGCUACCGACGACCAAGAAUUUAUGUCCACCGGAGCAGAUGGGGCGCAGCCGGCGCUGAGCAACCAAAUCGAAAGCAGAGGACUCGAGUACCAAGAGAACCAGGAAGUCCUGCCAGAAAAUCUCGAACAAGAUGACAAUGAUCGAGAUGUCUCGCACAGACCCUUGACGUUUGUUAACAAUCACAACCCAGUGUUUCCUGAGCAUUCUAGAAAUGAAGCUCAGCCAGAACAGGACACAAAUUCUACCAGGGGCUCCGUGAAUCCACCGGAUAACGUUCCGCCUAUCCCACGUUGCGUCAUCGAAUCCGGUGAACGAACUAACCUUAAUACGUCAGGCGAUCACCUAUCUGACCAGCUCGAAAUUCUUGAAAACUCAAAUCCAAACAGGAAUUUGUCCCAACCCGACGCGCAGCUGAGCAGCGCGGCACAUCUCGUUCAGCUGAGAGAUGUCACUGAUGUACAGCCUAUGGAUGCACAGCAGGAAGACAAACAAGACCAAGAUUUACAGACUGCCAAUGCCGGCGCUCCAGUACCAUCUGCACCCAAUUUUCAAGCUGCAUCCUCAACUUGUGUCCCAGGGCCAGGACAGCGCCAGGCGGCGAAACCAAAGCGAAAAUAUAGCCGCAGAACAAAGACUGGUUGUGUGACUUGUCGACGAAGAAGAAAAAAGUGUGACGAGAAAUAUCCUUCAUGUAAGUCGAGAAUUACUUUGAGCGGCCUUUCCGGCGACAUUUAA